CGACCGGGAACCGGCUACAGCCGGUAGACGUGAGUAGCAUGGUCAUGAGUAUAAGUAAAGGGUGAGACGAGGAGAUAAGUCACACAGCUAAACCACACUCUUCCACACUCUCUCUCUCUCUUCCCCAACUCCGACCAACUAUUCGCCGCCGGUCAAACACCACCAUGCCGAUCAGAAACAUAGCCGUCGGCCACGUCGGCGAGGCGACCCACCCGGACGCCCUGAGGGCCGGACUGGCCGAGUUCUUCUCCACCCUGAUCUUCGUCUUCGCCGGUGAGGGUUCCGGCAUGGCCUUCUCCAAGCUCACCGACGGCGCCGCCAACACCCCCGCCGGCCUCAUCGCCGCCUCCAUCGCCCACGCCUUCGCCCUCUUCGUCGCCGUCUCCGUCGGCGCCAACAUCUCCGGCGGCCACGUCAACCCCGCCGUCACCUUCGGCGCCUUCCUCGGCGGCAACAUCACCCUCCUCCGCGGCAUCCUCUACUGGAUCGCCCAGCUCCUCGGCUCCACCGUCGCUUGCCUCCUCCUCAAGUUCGCCACCGGCGGCCUCGAAACGGCGGCGUUUGGCCUGUCAGCGGGAGUAGGAGUAUGGCAGGCGGUCGUUUUGGAGAUCGUGAUGACGUUCGGCCUCGUGUACACCGUCUACGCGACGGCGGUGGACCCCAAGAAGGGAAGCUUGGGGACCAUUGCUCCCUUGGCCAUCGGUUUCAUCGUCGGAGCCAACAUUCUGAUCGGCGGGGCCUUCGACGGAGCGUCCAUGAACCCGGCCGUGUCGUUCGGACCGGCUGUGGUCAGCUGGAGCUGGGAGAACCACUGGGUCUACUGGGUCGGACCGCUGAUCGGAGGCGGGCUGGCCGGCGUGAUCUACGAGGUCAUCUUCAUCGGCUACGGGACCCACGAGCAGCUCCCCACUACCGAUUACUAGGCGGGUUGCAUUAAUUAAUGGAUUUCAUGUAUUUAUCUAUCUUUAAUCUGGUUUAUGAGGUGGGUUUAAGGAUGGAUUAGUGUUGUGUUUGGAUUUGUAAUCGUGCUUUGGAAAUUCGGGUUUUGUUAAUCGAAGGGUGGGUGUGUGAUUUGAUUUGUUGGGUUCCCCUCUCUUCGGUUGUAAGAUUAUUGUGCUUCGUCGACACAAAUUUGAUCGAGUGAUGUGGCGUCGUAUCGGUCAACACAAAUCUGUUGCCAUUUCCUCCUUAAUCGCUUUGCUUAUGUAGUUAAAAGUUAAUUAGAGGCUAGGGGUCAUUUUCCGUGGAUCAACGCUGAAAGAGAAUAAUUUGAAACUGCGGAUAAAGUAGGCAAAAAGUGGUUCAAAUUCAAUUAUUGAAAGAAGGUAAC